AUGGUUAAAGCUGUAACACUGAGAACACCAUCUGAGAUUCAGGAGAAGACCGUUUCACUGGAGAAGCAAGUAGCUGUUGAUUCCAACACUUCUGCUAGUGACAUCUCCCUUCCUAGAGAUGAUAAUUACGAUUUCGACGACCCUUCCAACUAUUUCACGGAAUACGUCGAUGAGUACAACCCCCGAGGCUUAAGAAGACCAACUUUGGAAGAGUCUGAGACUCUUCGUCGUAUUCUUGGCAGGGCUUCGUACGCUACAUACUUGAUCUGUCUUAUCGAAUUAGCUGAAAGAGGUUCUUAUUACGGUGUGCAAGGUAUCUUAGCCAAUUUUAUCCAGAGACCUUUGCCACCGGGAAGUACUACUGGAGCUCCAUUAUCUAAGACAUCUUCACAAAAUGCCGGAGCUUUGGGUUUGGGAAUUACCACAUCUUCUGCCUUCACAUUAUUGUUAACAUUUUUGGCCUAUGUGGUGCCCUUGUAUGGUGGUUUCAUUGCUGAUACCAAGUUGGGUAAGUUCAAGGCUAUCUGGAUCGGUGUGAUUGCUGGAUUCUUCGCCCAUAUUUUCUUCAUUAUUGCUGCCAUUCCAUCUGUCAUUGCUAGUGGAAAGGCUUUGGUGCCAACUGUGUUUGCCAUUAUCACUUUGGCUUUGGGUACUGGUUUCAUUAAGCCUAACCUUUUGCCUUUGCUUAUGGACCAGUACAAAUUCAAGCUGGACGUAGUUAAGGUGUUGCCCACUGGUGAAAAGGUUAUCGUAGACCGUCAAAAAACCUUGGAGAGAAUGACAUUGGUGUUCUACUGGGCCAUCAACAUUGGUGCUUUCUUCCAGUUGGCUACUUCUUACUGUGAGAGAAGAGUCGGCUUUUGGCUUGCAUUUUUUGUGCCAAUCAUCAUGUACUUGCUUGUUCCAUUGGUGUUGGUGUACUUGCAACCAAAGCUUAUCAAGGAGCAGCCACAAGGUUCGGUGCUUUCCAAUGCAUGGAAAGUCUUCAGAGUUACUUUCAGAGGAAACUGGUUUUCCAGAUACAGAGAUGGUUCGUUAUGGCAAUAUGCUAGACCUUCUGUCAUGUAUGCUCGUGGAGAGAAGUGGUACAAGGAGAAGAAGCUGAUUCCAAUUAGUUGGGACGACCAAUGGGUGUUAGAUAUCAAACAGACCAUUGAAUCAUGUAAAAUUUUCUUGUAUUUCCCAAUGUUCAACUUGACCGAUGGUGGUAUUGGAAAUGCAGAGAACGCACAGGCUGGUGCAAUGGUGACCAAGGGUAUUCCUAAUGACUUGUACAACAACUUCAACCCAUUGACCAUCAUUGUGUUGAUUCCCAUCUUGGACUACCUCGUGUACCCAUUUUUGAGAAAGCACAAGAUUCCUUUCCACCCGGUGUGGAGAAUCACCUUUGGAUUCUUCUUGAGUGCUACCUCGCAAACUGCUGCUGCCAUCCUCCAACACUAUGUCUACAAGACCUCACCAUGUGGAAAUCAAGCCAGUACCUGUGAUACUGUGUCGACAGUGAAUGGAUGGUGGGAAGUUAUUUUGUAUGUAUUGGGUGCUGCUGGUGAGUGUUUCGCCAACACUACUGCCUACGAAUUGGCCUACACUCGUUCUCCACCACAGAUGAAGGGUUUGGUGAUGGCCAUGUUCCUUUUCACUUCUGCCAUUUCUGCUGCUAUCGGAGAGGCUUUGACUGCUGCACUUGUGGAUCCACUUUUAGUUAGAACCUUCAUUGGAACUGCAGUGGCUGGAUAUGUGUUUACUGUUGCAUUCUUCAUCCAUUUCAGAAACUUGCACAAGAAGAUGGCCAUUGAGCAAUUAGAGAAGGAGAGACUCGAGAGAAUUAACGGUGGUGAACAUUCUGAUGCUGAGAUUGCUUUUGGAGGCUUGGAGAAGAGAGAGGACUUGGAACCUGUGACUUCGAUCAAGUCUGCUGUGGGAAAGUAG